GAGCGCCGCGGCCGCGAGCAGCUCACAGCCGCUUCCUGUCGCCCAGGCGGAGGGAGAGAGCGGGGGGGGGAAGGACGCGGCAGAAUGGCGACCGUGCAGUGUUGCAAAUGCACGGCCGAAAGGAAAGGGUUUCGGCGGGAACUUGAUUCUUGGCGUUACAAAUUGAUACACUGCGUCGGGUUUGAAAGCAUUCUGGAGGGAAUCUAUGGCCCGCUGCUGAGGGACCUCAAUUUAUUUGAUGACUGUGAACCCGAGGAAGUGGACGACUGGUCGUCGGAAGCAAGUUCCGCCCAAUGUUCGUUCUGCAACCUUCCCCUGGACAAACUCUGCAGCGAUUAUCUACCUGCAGCCACGUCUCCCCUCUCCUCCCUCUCGGAAUGCUCUCCCUGUCAGGCUCCCGCCAUCUCUGAGAGCGGCCAAUCAGCGCACAGGAUCCUCCAAGCCGUGUUUCACAAGAAAGAUGUGUCCCCGGACUGUGACGCCAGCAUCCCUCUGGUUGCUCAGGAGCUAAUGAAGAAGAUGAUCCAACGGUUUGCCUUGGAGUACGCGUCCAAGUGCCUAGUCCACACCACAAGGACCUCAUCACCUUUGUCCCAAGCGCCAGACGCCCCUCUGGACCUCACAGUGAGCCGAACCGCGGAGGAGAAAGAGAGUGAAAGUGACCCGGAUGGCGUGCUCGACCUCUCCAACAAGAACUCUGCCUGCUCGGCUGCGUCCUCGACACCAUCUCAUCACAAAGCCCCAGGCUCCCUGCUGCCAUCAUGUGUGGAAGAAUUGGGGGAUCUGGGACAGCAGAGGACUGCAGGUCAUCAGAGCACUGCUCUGGGGGCUGUUCUCAGCUCGCUCUGCUCAGCACACCGUUCCUUGAUCUACCAGAUGUUGCAGCUGGCGCGCAGACCCGUCGCUCCGAAUGAACCUCACUGCUGUCACUGUGGCGUGAACCCACAAGAUAUUGUUAGCCCUGAUACGGUCCCGUUAAGUGAAUCUAAAGCCCGUAACGGCAGCCUGAACUACCCCUUAAUUGAUUGUGACAAUCAAGAGCAUGGUGGAACAGUGUGUCAUCCAGGGGACUCCGAGUCCAAUUGUAGCAUCCAUCACUGCCCUUUAACGGACUGUACAAGCGGCGCUCCUCUGUGCUCGGGUUACUGCUGUGUGCAGAGUUGCGGGAUGGAAACCUACACUGUUGUGUGCCCCAAGAGGCUGCACUGCGUUUCCUGCCAAAGCAUUGCAGCGGGUGGUAUCGACAACGUAGUGUGUUCAUUUGCAUCCUUGCCUUUGUUAUCCAAACCCCCUUCGCGGUGCACUCCCUCCUCUAGUUUAUUCCCUGCAUCAUCGAUCUGCUAUAACCAGCAUAGCCCCCGUCCUUCAAAGAAAGCCUCUCUGACUCAGUCCAGCAACACAACAGAAAUGGAGGCUGUGGAUGGGGAUCCCCCAUGUCCUGUCCUAAAAAGAGAGCAGAGCCCCUCUCCUCCCCCUCUGUCCCCCAUCCUCUCAGACAUCAAUAAGAAAACCGAUGAAAAGCCACCCUCCCUCUUUCACCACAGACAAGAGGAGGACGCUGAUCGAAUGCUUAAAGGUUGUCUUGUGAAUGCGAGCCACCAGGAAGCAGAUGUGUAUAAAGCUACAAAAGAGGAGCGAGAAGAUAGAAACCCAACAGGUAGUCGGGCUGAGGAGGAUCCAAGUGGGACUUCACUUCAAGACGUUGUGAAUCGAUUUAGUGAGAAACUGGAGACCAUCGGACCCAUAGAGAAGGACCCACCUCUGAUGGCAGCAGCUGUUAUUGUGUCUGGAAAAGAGAUGCAACAGUGUCCCUCAACCAGUCAGACCCUGAAGUGUCAGGCUGAUGCUCAAUUGACUGAAAUCAUCACCACCAUGCUGCAUGCAGACAACGCUAGUGACUACAAUCUCAGUGAGCUGUUCAAACGCCAUGAGAACAAGGGGCCCAAGUCCCCCAACACCCGCUCUCGACGUCGCCAAGAAGUCCUUGCUGCUAUAGCAACACCCGCUGACGAUGCCGCAACCAGAAGGCAAACCGUACAAAUUAAACGAGAGCUGGCCAUGUGCUACAGCAGGAGGGAGGUACCACUAGCAAAGAGGGCACGAUUCAAAGAUGGAAAUAGUACUAUGACUAAAUCUACUUCACCAGAUUUAAACCCAGUUAAAGAGGAGACUAAAAGCAAACUGGAGGUAGGUUUAGAACCUGUAGAGAAUCAUGGAGUUAGGGAGGGACCACUGAACUGGAUCACUGCAGAAUGUGCAAGGGAUGAAGUAAAAGAAGAGGCACGGACAUCUGAGCUAACAGGAGACGUUCAAUUCAUUAAAGUAGAGCAUAAGGAGAGGGACAUAUUAGGCGAGGAAAAAUAUCUCGCCCUCCCACACCCUCAAAUUCCCGCGUCUGAGCUCCAGAGAAAGUACGGCAAACAAGAUACAAAUGGCGACAAUGUACCAACACAGGUCACAACUGUGAGUGCAACCUCAGCAGGGAAGUGUACCAUGCCUUGCGAAGGAUAUGGUAUGAACAGUGGUCCUGAGGGUGGUGAACCCCAUGAAGAAGCCGCAUCCGGUCAGAGCUCGGACAAUGGCAAUAAAGCAAGUAAUGGUAAGCGCUGCCAUAGUCCUAUUAGAGAUGGGCAGAAAUGUGAACUGCAUCACUCCGAGGACACAAGGAGAUCAAGGAGAAAUAUAGUGCCCCCCCAGUGGUUCUCUUCUUAUGUCACAGAGCCCUGGAAGAAGUACAAUGUUGCAUGUUUCCCUGAAAGAAUCUUUAAACAGGGAACACAAAAGGACGAGGUUUUGGCAUCUACCUCGCUUGGUGCCUUAUCCAAAGAUCCAGAUGCUGAGGACACCCAGUUUGAAUCAAGGAGUAAAGCCCCUCUAUCCUCGACUGACCACACAUGGAAGCUUACCUUUGAAUCAACACGUGGAGAACAAUGCGGGCCAUCCCACUCGCAGUCAACAGGUCUUUCUAAAAACCAGGUCAAUGAACAAUUUGCGGCAGCCAAAGACGAAAGUCCUGCAAAACAGAGCUCUGACAGUGAGACAAAUGGCAGCAACUUUUCUGCCAAGCCUUUUGGAAGGCUACGGUCAUCUCCAAAAAGACUACGGUGCUCAAAGACAAGAACUCCCCAAAACCCAUCAAACACCGAUGUCAACCUGACGUCUGCUGCCCGUGCAGAGAGCCUUCCCUCUUCCCAAGUCCAGUAUACUAGUCCGAUAAAGCUCAUGUUUUUUUCACCAGUAAAGGAUAUGGAAGGGGUUAAAUAUAGUCUCAAAUCAGCACAUUCAGGUUCUAGUACACAGGAACCCUUUGACCCGUGUAUAGAAUCUUCAUGGUCCGGGACAGUUGAUAAACAAAAAAGGAGAACCGAGCCAGUCAAAUCUGUUUCUUCACCACGUAAGUCUGUUAGCUCACCUGUAAGAUCUGCUUCUUCAACGGCCAAAUCAGCCCCUUCAACACCCAAGUCCAUCUCCUCGCCAGCCAAAUCUGCUUCUUCUCCCAGGUCUGCUGCUGCUUCUCCCAGGUCUGCUGCUGCUUCUCCCAGGUCUGCUGCUGCUUCUCCCAGGUCUGCUUCUUCUUCUCCCAGAUCAGCUGCUUCUUCUACCAGGUCUGCUUCUUCACCAGCCAGGUCUGCUUAUGCUACUUCACCUGCCAAGUCUGCUACUUCACCUGCCAAGUCUGCUACUUCACCUGCCAAGUCUGCUUCUUCACCUGCCAAGUCUGCUUCUUCACCUGCCAAGUCUGCUUCUUCACCUGCCAAGUCUGCUACUUCACCUGCCAAGUCUGCUACUUCACCUGCCAAGUCUGCUUCUUCACCUGCCAAGUCUGCUUCUUCACCUGCCAAGUCUGCUACUUCACCUGCCAAGUCUGCUUCUUCACCUGCCAAGUCUGCUUCUUCACCUGCCAAGUCUGCUUCUUCACCUGCCAAGUCUGCUACUUCACCUGCCAAGUCUGCUUCUUCACCUGCCAAGUCUGCUUCUUCACCUGCCAAGUCUGCUUCUUCUCCCAAAAUAGCGUUAACGCCAAGCAAGUCUGCUUACUCACCCAAGUCUGCUUACUCACCCAAGUCAUCUUCGUCAUCACCUAAAAUAGGUUCCAGAAGAUCAGGCGAAGGUACUCCGACUAAGCGUGGAGCUGAGAGCCAGAUCUCAGGUGACUCAACGUCUUUCCAUGAAACCACUCCAAAAAGGCGUCCGGGCCGGCCCAAGAAGCUGGGACCACAGCUUGAGCAAAAGGUAAAGAGGCCAAUCGGUCGACCUCGCAAGGAGAAGGCUUUGAAUUCAGUAAUUGGGGCAAAAACUGUAGAUGGAAAAUUGGUUACAGCACCCGAAGUUGAGGAGAAUGUAAACAAGAACCUUAAGAUAACAGUCGUCUAUGGCCGUUCAAGGCGAAACAAACGUAUGGUGUCUGAGGGCUUUGACCAGCUGCAAACAGAAUUCCAUGACGCUUGGCGGGCAGUGGGCCUGCCAAAAGGGGACUUGGGGGUUUUAAUGCACAACUCUAAGACAAGCUCAGGUAAUAUCAAAGCAGUCUCAACGGAAAUGCCCGAGGAAUUCAAUUUUGUCGGCCCAGUAAAAGAUUCUGCCCUUCAAUCUAGCGGUAACAUCAAAUGUCUGAAGAAGGAUGAUUCUGCGCCCUCAAGGAAGCCAGGUAGACCUGCAAAAGUCAAAAUCUCUGGGAUUUCAGUCACCGUAACCACAGUGUCACCUCGGCAGCGUAAAAUUCUGAUAAAUAAGGAUACUCUGCAGUCUCCUCAAACAGAAAUUCAUAGGAAGGUACUCUUACCAGAUUUCCAAUCCGCCAAAGAGCCUCAGACAAUCAGUCAUGAGUCAACUAGCAAAAUCCGUCAAACCGCAGGCGUUGAAACAGAGGAUGAAAGUAAAGGUGAAACGCAAAAUCAGCCAGUAGCAGUGCGUCAAUCGAUGAGAGUGAGAAAGCCCUCCAUUCACUUUCUGCACGCUGUGGCCACCUCUCGAUCAUGCAGCCACAGUAAUGCUCUGCUGCGGCGCUCCAAACAACUUCUGCUAAACAAGGCCCACAAUGAAAGGAGACAGGGGGAGCAACCGAGUAGUGUCGAGACUACGAGGGAGAAAAGACUGCUCUGUGGACGAGACAGGAACAAAGUUUCCAAGGACCUGAACAGAGUGGGAGGGGUGUCUGUGGACUCCAUCUUCACCCCAAGAGAGACACUAAGGUGGUGGGCAGCAUCUGCAGAGGGGCCGACUAUGAACCAAGAGCUUGCCCGGCGAAUACGACUCAUCUCCGACACCUGGGUCUCAAACACUGUAGAGAACCAUGGAAAAGAAACUGCCUUAAAAUCCAAUCUGGGCACUAAAGGCAACAGUUCGUUUACCAGCACUUCAAAACAUUCCUCCAUACGAAUGCUGUUUGACUGUCCGUCUAACAAACCAAGCUCCUGUAGCAUGCAGCAGCUCUGCUCCUGGUUCAUGCAGACCACAGAGACGCAGUCUUUGGCUAUUGUCAAGAAGGCAAGCUCCCGAAACCCUUACGAACUCAUGCACUUCCCCCGCUCUGCCAACAAAGAGAGUGUUUGCCCCAGCCCUCAGGCGGAGCGACUCCGCAAACACAUCAAGAAAUUUGCUAAAACUGUGCCAAAAAGCCCUCUGCAACACCAACAAGCUCAAAAAAGUUUGAGGAAAAGAAAUGAGGCACCUCUACCGACGCACAAGAUAAGGCGGCGACUUUUUACUCCCAGGUUUGCAGCAGGAAGGCUCAGUCAAGGAAACCAAUGGUGGAGAAAAGUAUUUGGCAAAUACCGCACAACCCUAUGUAGGGCAAGGCUGAGGUUUCUAACCCGGAGUGAGAGGGAGAGGUGGCAAAAGGGUAAGAGGAAUAAGAAAAGCAGAAAGGUAGCCACAAGUUGUUCAAAUGCAACUGGACCACAAACAAAGCGUAAAUCAUUACGCAGAUCAGCAAAAGAUCAGCUGCCCCACUGUUUGGAGAACAGUUCUGUUGACCAGACUCAGGAGCACGUGGACGUGGCCAAAGAGCAGAACCUCUGCUCCAAAGCCUGGAGUCCCGAGACACUGAAGGAAUGCCGGGUGUUUCUGAGGAAGAUAAACUCUCCGGACAACGAAUCGACUGAGGAAGAGUGCGACUCGUGCACCGUCACACUGGAUGAGGGGUCACCUGCAUACCUCUUUGGAGGAAGGGAGAGGGAACUGGUAGGAGCCGUUAAAGCUGUGAAAACUAAAAGAAAAAGGAGCGGCGCCUCGAGAGAGCUGGCAAGUUUUGAACCUAAAUCGGUCCAGGAGGCGGAUGAGAUACCGAAAAGCAAACACAAAAGUCCUGUGGUUGUUUCUACUGAAUCACCGCAACCACCACCAGCGAAGAUGUUGAGACAAUCGCGAAUGAGAGGCCUAACCGGGCCUAGGUGGUGCGACUUUGUGCUUGAAAACUAAUUGAAGCGUGAAGCCUCCUCGUACCAGGGAGAAGGACUGUGGUUCAACGUGGUGCCUUUUGGACAUUGAGCUGACCACGUGGACUGACCAUGCCGCUGUGGUUAGGUCCUACACUCAGCAAUUAUGUAGCAGUCUAACUUAACAAAUGCUUGAUGUUGCACUAUUUUUAUCCAUGGAUAUGUAUGUACAGAAAUAUCAGAUUUCUGCUUUCCUUUUAUUGUAAACCUGCCUCGGUCUUUCUGGAAGCGUUUAGUAGAUCAAAUCCGUACGUCAAAGUGAGUUUUUCAUUGUUUUUCCACUGAGCCCCGUCAGCAAGCUGUAUCGGAAGGAAAGCCAAAGCUUUGGUUGCGUAUAGACAGUGCCAUCUCCCCCCAAAUAUACCUCAUUAUCAAGGCCAUCGGACGGUGAUCCUUUGAUGUAAAUCUUAAAAAUGCACAGCCCUAAAAUCCCCCAGUUUAUUUAAUCAUUUUUGUCCUACGGAAUUCAUAGUCAUCCUUACUUUGGCACUGUUUAAAUUCCAAAUUGGCCUUUAUAGCUGCUUUGGGAUUUUACAAAAUGAUAAAACUUCUAGUUUUCUCAAUCCAAGCCUUGCUCGGCAUAUUGUUGCCCAACAACAUGGCGUUAAUGAAGGACUCUUUGUGUCACCAUACUGACUAUUUGUUUUGGGCACAAACUUAAAUGAUGUAUUGAACUGCAGAAAUGGGCCUUCUACCCAAACUAAAAUCAAAUAAUGGAUGUUAUUCAAACUGCGCAUAACCCCAAUAAAAUGUAGAGGUGCACUUGAAGCGAUGAAGAAGACACGAUGCCGUUGUAGAGUAGAACCAUCUGUUGGUUCUCGUUUUAAUUCAGUUAUAUUUUGUGUAUCUUCUUGUUUUAACCCAAAGCAAAUACUGUAAUGUUGGUGUCGGAUCUACUUCUUGCACUAUCCCAUCUGAGAUUAUUAACCCCACUACAGAUUCCCUCCCCAUGUUUGCACAUUCCAUGUCCCACUACCGAACCCCACAGUAAAACUAGAGAAUCUGUUUGGUGCAAUACAAACCCAGAGGAUUUAUCCAUAUUUAUAUUGCUGACAGACAAAUGGAUGUACACAAGUACCGAUGGCCUGGGAUGUUAUUUCAGUUUUUACCACAGCCAUUAAAAUGAUCUUAAAGGUUUUUGCUCCUUCUCUCCCACCUGCUUUGUUCUGCUCAAUGGAGCAGAUCCCUAAUUGUUAUAGUAGCAUUAAAUAGGUUUCCUUUAUCAUAAACGUACUAGCAUUAACUGUUUAACUGCAGGGGGGGAAACGUGUUGCUGUUUUCAUGUUUCCCUUGAGUUUGCGUUUCAGCCAGAGACGACUACCUCGACUGGGGCUCAGCAGGCCUCCUGCCCCCCUACAUGUCAGACGAUCGGUAACACUAACCUUGGAUCGGCACCACGUUAAGGGGGGAAUAGAUCCAAGAUGUCUGGCUGUAGUUCAACUCAAACCUGUAUGUGUGUGUGUGUGCGUUACUACGGUUGCCAUAUCAACAGGAGGGACUCGGGGGCGGCCCAGUCUUGUGAAGAGUGCUGUCGAAGAACCUGGUGCUAAACAUCCGUUGUAUAUUUUCCGUUAUGUUUUUAUAUGCUGUCCAUUACAGAUGCAACAAAGUCUGAUUGGAACAAUAAAGAGUCUUUUGAAAUAA